UUUAAAUAAUCUUUGAUUGAAACAAAACUAUUUUUGCAGUAUUGUGAUGCGUAAAGACAAUUUCGAAAUAUCAUAAUGACGCACCAUUGAUAGCAAGUAUCAUAAAAUAUGUAAUAUCUUAUCUUCGUGAGAAUUUAUAUAAAAGGAAAAUCGGAUCGUGUUAUAUAUUAACCUGAACCUUCGAAGUCACUGUCAUGAAAUUGUGGACGUGUGUGUUGUUGCUGUGCGCGGCGGCUGUCUGCGUCACGUGUGAGCAGCCGCCGAGUGACGAGGACUGGCUGGAGCUGGACACCCCGCAGGGACCAGUGCGCGGCCGCAGGGAUCCCGAUGCAGACCAUCUAUACGUUUUCUACAACAUACCAUAUGCAACAGCUCCAACGAAGGAAGACAAAUUUAAACCACCACAACCAGCACCAGUUUGGAAAGUACCUUAUGACGCUAUUAACAAACAUAUUGUAUGCCCGCAACCAAAAAUUGUUCCGUUUCCAAGCCUCAUAAUUGAACAAGAAGAUUGUCUUAUCGCCACAGUGUACGUGCCUGACACACGAAAGAAAAAUCUUCCUGUCCUCGUCUACGUUCAUGGAGGAGGAUUUUUUGCGGGUUAUGGUGACAUGUUCACGGCAAAACAACUACAAAAAAAUAAAGAUAUGAUAUUGGUUACUUUUAAUUAUCGGCUUGGAAUACACGGGUUCCUUUGUCUUGGUACCGAGGACGUUCCUGGAAAUGCUGGAAUGAAAGAUCAAGUAGCUUUACUUCGAUGGGUGCAACAGAAUAUUGCAAGCUACGGUGGUAAUCCAGAUGAUGUCACACUUGCAGGCUAUAGUGCGGGUUCCGCGGCGGUAGAUUUAGUGAUGCUCUCAAAGUCAUCUGAAGGAUUAUUCAACAAAGUAAUAUUUGAGAGUGGAACCAGUAUUGCUACCUGGGCGAUCCAGGUUGAUCCCUUGCAGAAUGCUAAGAAUCAAGCCAAAAAAAUGAACUUUACCAAUGUCGAUGACAUUCAAGCUUUAGAAAAGUUUUACAAAAUAGCUCCUAUGUCUCUCCUAACUUCAGAUACAUUUUUUGAUCGAUAUGACUCGACUGUUGGUUUCCCACCAUGUAUAGAACGUGAUACAGGAUCUGAAGCAUUCCUCACGGAAUCUCCUCUGAAAAUUUUACAGAAGGGUAGUUAUAAGAAGUUACCCAUGCUGUACGGUUUUUCUAAUAUGGAAGGGAUAAGCAGGUUACCUAACUACGAACAAUGGAAACAUGUCAUGAAUGAAAAGUUUUCUGAGUUCUUACCAGCAGAUCUAACGUUUAAAAGUGACGUCGAAAGAGAAGAAGUUGCAGAGAAGAUUAAGAAAUUCUUUUUUGGUGAUAAACCUAUUGGCGACGACACCGUGUUGAGUUAUGUUGAUUAUUUCUCGGAUGUUUUUUUCACGCACUCCAUGCUUUGGGCGUUAAAGUUACACGUAGAGGGUGGUCACAAUCAAUUAUAUUUGUACGAAUAUUCGUUUGUUGAUGACGACACUCCGGUAGUAUCUCAUACUAACAUAAGGGGUGCCGACCACUGUGCUCAAUCAAGAGCUGUAAUGGACAGUUUUAAUCAGAGUAACAGUAAUGAAGACUUCGACAGUCCAGAAUUCCGGAAUAUGAAGAAAACUAUGCGACAAAUUUGGAGGAACUUUGUUAAAACUGGUAAGCCGGUGCCGGAGGAGUCAUCUCUGCCUGCGUGGCCGGCGGCAGGCGCAGACAGGGCGCCGUACAUGUCUCUGGGACAGAAGGUGGAGUUGCGUCACGAGCCGCUCCUGGAGACACGCUUCCGGUUCUGGGAUGACAUCUACCAGAAGUACUACCUGGAGCCCAUACCUCCACCAGCAGCAGUAGCGUCAAGCGGAGGACAACGACAAGAAUUAUAAGAAUUAUAAAUAUUGUGUUUUGAAUAUCGCUUACUUUUGCACUGUAUCAAAUUAUUUUACUUCCACUUAAGCAGGAGUAUAGUGAUAGAAGUGGUUUUUUGCUAAGUUUCAUUGUUAUUGACACCAUAAUGUUUACGGGGGUGUUGUAAUAUAUAAAAAAAAAAUUAGCAACUAGCAACUACUACAAGAGCAAGAUUGUAGAUUGGAAAAUUAAGUUUUUAUAAGAUUUUAACAUUGGAAAGAAUGUCGAAUUUUAAAAUAUUUUUGAUUUUUUACCUAUCUUUGUUCUCUUUGUAGGUACCUAUUCUUUUGUCUUUUGUCGGAAAUUCUUUUGUCGACAAUACAACUUUAUUCGGAUACCACA